AUGUUGGAGAGACUUGAGUCGACGUCGAAGAGUUUGGGAUCGCGGAGCGUGUCUGUGUCAUCUCUGGCCGACUCAGACAGUAACAUGUCUUUUGACUCGGCGACAGCGUACACAAGAAGGGAGGACCGGAAGAGGCCUCUGGAAACAGGCGACCUGUCCUUGUCCGACCGAAGCUCAGCCACCUCAAUCAGGCUCUUCCAACGUUCAAGAGCGUUGGUC